AUGCCUAUUGAAAUACGUCUUAUUCGCAUAUCUGGAGGUCUCUUUGCGGUGGCUCAGCUCUCUAUGUUUUGGGGUCGACUGUCUGAUCGAGUCGGAAGGAAGCCGGUGAUGCUGACCGGACUUUUUGGAAUGGCUAUCAGUGUAAUCGCCUUCGGCCUACAAAAGACAUACCUCGGAUUAAUUAUCUCUCGCUUCAUAGCUGGAAUGAUGAAUGGUGGGCUAAUCUUCAUUGUGGCCGAGUUCACAGAUCCGACAAAUUAUGCUGAUGCGGUUGCUUUGCUUCCAUUGUCAUUCGCAAUUGGAUCCAUCAUUGGUCCUAUUGUCGGAGGUUUCUUGGCUUUACCAGCUCAGAAUCUUCCUUUUCUUUUCGGAAAUUGUGAUUUCUUGAUCGAAUAUCCUUACUUCUUACUUUGUCUCAUUGGUGGAAUGUUGAAUUUUCUCGCGAUCAUCCUUGGGAUCUUUUGCUUAGAAGAGACGCUGGAAACUAAACGCAAGCCACGACAUGGGACGCAAAGACCGACACCAUCACAAGAGGUGGUAAACGGCGGGCUGGGGAUGUCGCUUGACCAGAUUGAGGUGGUAAACGGCGGGCUGGGGAUGUCGCUUGACCAGAUUGGAUUCAUUCUCAGUGUGAAUGGAGUAGGACUAAUCUUUGUUCAGCUCUUCCGUUUUCCACCUCUUCAAAGACGAUUUGGAGCGGUUAAUCUUUACAAGUGCUACUUAGUCCACAUCAAAGGCAACACUGCCACCAUGUCAUUGGCGUAG